ACUGCCAAGAAACCUCAUAUCCAGUUUAAUGCCCACUUCUCUGUCAGUCCUGACGAAGGCUGCUACCUGGAUCCAGGGCAUGAUGAGUGCCUGCAGAACUGCAAUUACAACACCUCUGCCAAAACCUUCAUUGUCAUCCAUGGGUGGACUAUGAGUGGGCUGUUCGAGAACUGGUUGCACAAGCUGGUUUCAGCUCUCCAGGAGCGAGAGCCGUACUCCAACAUAAUCGUGGUGGACUGGAUGUUCCUUGCCCAUCAGCUGUACCCCGAUGCGGUUAAUAACACAAAGCUUGUUGGAAGAGAGACUGCCAGACUUAUGGACUGGUUACAGGAGAAAGCAAAUUUGUCCCUCCCAAAUGUCCAUCUUAUUGGGUACAGUCUUGGGGCGCAUGUUGCUGGGUUUUCUGGUAACUACGUGAAUGGAACAAUUGGACGUAUUACAGGUUUGGACCCAGCAGGCCCGAUGUUCGAAGGUGUUGAAGCCCACAAACGUCUUUCUCCUGAUGAUGCAGAUUUUGUAGAUGUUCUUCACACCUAUACUAGAGAAGCAUUGGGCGUCAGCAUUGGCAUCCAGAUGCCAAUUGGCCAUAUUGAUAUCUACCCCAAUGGUGGAGACUAUCAGCCAGGCUGUGGCUUAUCUGAUGUUAUUGGGGCAAUCGCUUAUGGCAGUAUUGGUGAAGCAGUGAAGUGUGAGCAUGAGAGGUCAGUCCAUCUGUUUGUGGAUUCCCUCAUCAAUAAAGACAAGGAGAGCUUUGCUUUCCAGUGUACAGACUCCAAUCGCUUCAAGAAGGGAAUCUGCCUGAGCUGCCGCAAGAACCGCUGCAAUGCUAUUGGCUACAACGCUAAGAAGACCACCAGCAAGAGGAACAGCAAAAUGUACCUGAAAACAAGAGCUCAGAUGCCUUACAAAGUUUACCAUUACCAACUGAAGAUGCACAUAUUUGACUACAAGAACAAAGAAUCAACUGCAGAGCCCACCUUUGCUGUCAGACUCUAUGGAACACUGAAUGACUCUGCCUCUCUGUCUUUGACUGUGCCUGAGAAGAUUGGCUACAACUUCACAAACACCUUCUUGGUUUAUACUGAAGAAAACAUUGGUGACUUGCUGUCUAUAAAGCUAACCUGGGAAGGAACCAAGCAGUCCUGGUACUCCUUCUGGAGCUCACUGCAGAAUUACUGGUCGGCGUCCAACAACGGUGAUCGGGAGCUGCAUGUCCGCCGUAUCCGUGUGAAGUCUGGAGAAACGCAGCAGAAGUUCACUUUUUGUCUAAAAGAUUUACACGCAAGUCACAUAGCUCCUGGUGAUGAGCUGAUCUUUGAGAAAUGUAAAGAUGGAUGGGAAGUGAAGCCACGAAAACGGUAA